AUGCCUUUCUUUGAAAGAAAGCAACAACAAAACCAGAAGAAUGGUGAUGCUGGACACCAGAGAAAGAUAUCUACCUCUACAAUACCAACUAUAUCUAAACGUCGUAUAUAUGUUAAUUUACCCUUACCUGCUACUGAGCUUGACCAGUAUGGCGAACCAAAAGAGUGUUAUGUCACGAAUAAAAUUCGUACUUCAAAAUAUACUUUAUUGACAUUUUUACCUAAAAAUUUGUUUGAACAAUUUCGUAGGGUAGCAAAUAUGUAUUUUCUUUUCUUGGUUAUUUUACAACUCUUUCCCAUGAUUGGUAGUGAGGUUCAACCUUUUAUAGCUUCUAUGCCCCUUAUUUCAAUUAUUUUAAUGACCGCUCUAAAAGAUGUUUUUGAAGACUGGAAACGUCAUACUCAAGAUAAAAAUCUAAAUAGAUCAAAAACCACUUUAUUACGUAAUUGGCGGAAUGUAAACAUACCUGCCAAUGAUAUGUCGAGUCAACAAUUUUUGAUCAAGAUAUGGAAUGGUUUCUUUAACUUGUUAGGCUAUCGAAUAGGUGAAAAUUUAGAUAAUAAAGUAUCUUAUACUGCUCAUACUGGUGCAAUAUGGACUGAAAGUCAUUGGCAAGAUGUUAAAGUUGGUGAUAUUGUAAAACUCAAAAAUAAUGAUGCUGUUCCUGCUGAUAUGAUAAUAUUAUCCACUAGUGAACCGGAUGGUCUUUGCUAUGUCGAAACAAAAAAUCUUGACGGUGAAACAAAUCUCAAAGUUCGUCAUUGUGUCCCUUCAACAAUCUCAAUUACUACUGAAAGUGAUUGUGAAAAUAUCGCUUUUUACGUAGAAUCUGAACAACCUCAUUCUAAUUUAUAUUCUUAUACCGGUGUAUUACAUCGUCCCGAUCAUGGUGGCACUGGUAAUAAUAUAAUUGAUCCAAUAUCUAUAAAUGAUGUUCUUUUGCGUGGAUGUGUACUUCGAAAUACUCAAUGGGCCAUAGGUCUCGUUGUAUUUACUGGUACUGAUACAAAAAUUAUGUUGAAUUCUGGCGAUACUCCCAGUAAGAGGAGUAGAAUUGAGAUUGAAACAAAUUUUCAUGUAUGUUCGUUCGUUCACCUCCAAGAAUAUCAAAAGAUGUUAUUUGUCCCCCAAUUAAAAAAUUGCGUUAGCUUAUUUCCUUAA